CGAGGGGACGCUAGGAAUGGCAUUUCUGGUGUCCAACUUGCAGGGCGACAGGCAGCAUUGGCAUUGCGCAAGGGAAGCUCAGAGAACAGCUAGGUACUUUGGUAGCGUAGCACCUCCAACUGCUGCUGAUGUCAGAAGAUGGUACUGUCUACUUAUGUGGAGAGAACGGACACCGCCUUCAGCGCAGACUCUCUGCCAACUCUGGCACCCCAGCCUGCCCGUCAAAAUGACAGCAAAGAUGAGCAGCGCGCCGAGAAGCUGAGCUCGGCUGUCGCCACUGUAGCGGCCAUGAAGCUGGACAGCGAGCCAAUUUUGAUCGAAGAGGGCCUCUAUGUUGGGUCCGUGGGAGCAGCUUGCAACAAGGAGGCGCUGGAUAGGCUGGGGAUUACCCACAUCGUCUGCGUGAUGGCCCAGUGGGAGAGCCCUUUCCCAACGGAGUACACGCACCACCAAAUUCGAAUCAUGGACACCACCCAAGCGAGCCUCCUGGUUCACCUGGACCCAGCCAUAGAGUUUGUAACCAAAGCCCGAGAAGAGGGGGGCAGGGUGUUAGUCCACUGUUUUGCUGGUAGAUCCAGGAGUAUCAGUGUUGCCACAGCUGUCCUCAUGAAGCAGCACUCCAUUUCUAUGGACGAAGCACUGGCAAGACUUCGAGAGAAACGGCCCAUCAUGAGUCCCAAUCCCGGGUUCAUCGAACAACUGAGACGGUAUGAGGGAAUGCUCUUAGCGGAAAGGGCGUCUGAAAGGGCGUCUGAGAAGCGGCUUGAGCCGACUCCAGCCAUUCAACAGGCUGAUCGUGAUAUCUCCUGAUGAGAUCUGUAUCUUAACGUUCCAAUGCGCGCGCGAAUUGCUUUUAUCAAAUCCUAUCAGAAGGUCAAAGUUAGAUUGAAAGUGGUCACAAGAUUAGCCUAGCUCCUAAGUGCAUCGCAUAGCAGCCUUAUAUUUUUAAACUGGUAUGGAAGGUGUGGGUUGAAGGUUCUUUUGGUGUUUCGACAAUUGGCCCAUUGCCACGAGCACUUUCCGAGAAAGUUGCAAUGCAAGUCGCUUAAUCAAGUCGUAGUCAAACACUUCAAUGGUUGAUUUGGCGGGUUGAUCGAUGUAAAGCUACCUACAUGUCUUUGCAUGGGUACAAGUAUUGUCUGGCUGGCUUCCGUGUAACUUAAUCCCUGGGCCAACUCCAACACUUAAGAUGUUCUGUAUUUGCG